CUGCUGACGUAAUGCGUGUUGCCGCGCAGAAGGCCGAGCCCGUCACCCCCAAGCUGGAGCCAACAACCCCGCGGCCCAAAUCGACGCACGGCCCCAGCCCCGGCUCCGCGCGCGCCAAGCUGUCGAGGGAGGGGACCGCUCUCAGCGCCAGUGAGGGCGGGGCGGCUGCAGCGGGCAAGGCCGACGGGCACCUCACCCUGCAGGCCAAGAAGACUGCUGCCGCCGCGCCGCGCCACCCCACCGGCGUGAAAGACAAGCCCCUCGCCAGCGGGGCGGGGGAGAACGUCGCCGUCGUCAAGGCCGAAGGACCGGCCAGCGCGUUGGAGGAGCAUGAAGGGCACCUCAAGGCCAUGUUGGCGCCGUUCUUGGUGCUGGUGGCCGAACUGGCUUCCCGACACAGCCUGCUGCUGGAGGCGCACAAGGGCACGGACGUGUACAACGCGGAGGCCCCGUUCGCCGCCACACUGUCGCACCGCCAAGCCGAGGCGCUACAGGUAAUGUCCCCAGUCGCACUUGGUGUGAGUGUGGGAGUGACGCGCCGACACGCAUGCCCCGCACAGGCCGUGACGCGGCACAGCGACCAGGCCGCCAACAUCAUGCGCACCACCGUGGAGGAGAACGCCCUCAUGCGCGGUCUGCUGGAGAAGGAGAACUCGGACCUCAUUCAGAAGCUGGAGGAGUGCACCAAGGACCUGGAGCGAGAGCGCGCCGCCGCCGCCAAGCUCAAGAAUAGCAAGCUGGCGAUGGACAGCUCCAUCAAGCAGAUGCGCACCAAGAUCAAGGAUGUGGAGGCCACGCUGACGGCCAAGGUGGCGGAGGACGACGCCAAGCUCAAGGAGCAGAGCGCCCUGGUGCACUCCCUCAACCAGAAGAUGCGGUCGCGCAACGUGGUGCUGGAGCAGCGCGGGAAGGAGCUGGAGCAACGUGAGAAGGAGUUGCAGGCCGCGUUGACCAGAAUCGCCGAGCUGGAGUCCGGCGACGUUUCCAAACAACAGCUCAACAGCCGCCUUAGCAGCGUGACGCAGAUGCUGCAGCUGGAGACAAAGAACAGGGAGAAAGCCGAGCUGAAGCUGAAAGCCACGGCGGCCAAGCUGUCCCAGAUUGGGAUGGCCAGGGAGGCGGGCGACGACGCGGCCCCGCCGGCCAAGACAGACCUCCAGGCGGAGCUGGAGGCGGAGCUAGAGCAGCUGCGCGCCAACAGGGACGGACUCAAAGCGCAGCUCGAGCAGCUCAGAGAAGCGAGUUCGUCGGACAUAUCGGAGCUUCGCACCGAGCUGAAGUCGGUCAUGGGGCAGCUGGAAGCGAGGAGUCGUCAGCUGGAGAACAAGGACGCCGAGCUCAAGCACUACCUCGCUCUGCGGCCGGGAGAAACGACCCGAGAGGAGAUGGAGGCGAUGAAGGAGAUGUUCGCGGAGCUGGCGACGCACAACGAGCGCCUGGACCAGGAGCUGGGCCAGUGCCGGCAGGAGCUGGCGCGCCGCGACAAGAUGAUGGCGGACCAGGAGAACGUGCUGCGCGUCCGCGACAACCUCAUCAGCGUGCUCCACAACAGGGAGGGCCAGGGCCUCCAGGGCCUGCAGUGGCCGCAGGAGGCGGCGGCCGGCCGCAAGCUGAUCGACCUGCACGCCAUCGUGGAGAGGAAGUCCGUGCGCAUCAAGGCCUACGAGCAGCAGAUCAAGCAGAUGGAGAAGCAGCUCGAGUCCUCGCAGGUGCUGCGCACCACCAUGGAGACCAGGAUCGCCCAGCUCGAGCACAUGGUCGCGGUGGCGGGGAUGACCAAGCAGGCCCUCGGCAAGCCGCCGUGCAGGGUCAACGUGGCGUCGUGGUGACGAGACGACGCUCUGACAAACGUACGAAGCGUUUCAAAGCGGUCCUUGAAGUUCUGUUUUGCCGCGGAUGGGCUGGUGGGAUGAAUAAAAAGGCCAAGGCGAGUUGCAGUU